CAGUUAAUUUGGGCCAAACCUGAAAUGGCAACGGACUACUCGGAUACUUCGCCUGUGGUGCCUACCACGCAUGGUGAGGUGCGUGGCGCGCUGCUCACCAGUCUCUAUGAUGAGCUCUACUAUAGUUUCGAUGGCAUACCCUACGCCCAGCCGCCAUUGGGUGAGCUGCGCUUUAGAGCUCCGCAGGAUGCGCACACUUGGCUGGGCAUACGCGACUGUACCGAGCCGAAGGACAAGUGCCUGCAAGUGGCCAGCUUAACAAAGCAGGUUGAAGGUAGCGAGGACUGCCUGUACCUGAAUAUAGCCGUGAAAAGCCUUAGGAGUGAAAAGCCGUUGCCUGUGAUGGUUUAUGUGCAUGGCGGUGCCUUUAAGAGUGGGGAUCCGACAAGGCGCUUCUUUUCACCUGACUAUUUCAUGCGCGAGCAGGUGAUCUACAUCAGCAUUGGCUAUCGACUGGGUCCAUUUGGUUUUCUGAGCUUUUCGGAUCCGUCGCUGGGCAUACCCGGUAAUGCGGGCAUCAAGGAUAUUGUGCUGGCCCUCAAGUGGAUAAGGGCGAACGUGGGCAGCUUCAAUGGCGAUGCGAAUAACAUAACGCUAUUCGGGCACAGUUCGGGCAGCUGUUUGGUGCACCUGCUGAUGGUGAGCCCGCUGGCGGAGGGACUCUUCGACAAGGUGAUACUUUUGUCUGGUUUCCAUCCGGAUACAUGCAAUCGGCCCAAUAUGGAAUACGAGCUGGCCAAGCAUUUGGGCUACGAGGGCGCCAACAAGGAUGUUGAAGUAUGGCACCAUCUAAAUGCUGCAGAUCCCAAACUGUUGGCCAAGUCGGACUUUCGACAGUUAUACGAACGCCUGCAAAGCUCCGGGUUACCCCUUUUUAUGCCGCGAGUGGAGCCGUAUGCCACGCACGGUGCUGUGCUGCUGGUCGAGCCGAGGAUACUGCAGCGCAGCGCUUGGAGCAAUCGCCUGCCGAUCAUCAUUGGCAGCACCAGCAACGAGGACUUGUUUAGUAGCACAUGUGAUAUGACAAAGGAUGCCGAAGUGCUGAAAGCUUGCCAGGAGCGUCCGGAGUUCAUGCUGCCGUAUUCCAUGCUCCGGCACUGUGAGCCCAGCACGUGUCGCCACCUGGGACAGACGCUGGUGAAGAAGUUUUGUGGCGUGCACAGUUCGGAUCUGACAGUAUCGCAUGCUUCAGGCAUAUCUGAGAUCUUCGCGCACAACGUGUUGCACUACCAGCAGCGGCUGAUUAGCGCUCGGCUGGCCUAUAGCCAGGCCGAGAAUUACCUGUAUCGCUUCGACUUUGAUUCACCUGAUUUCAAUCUCUAUCGCAUACGCUAUUGGGGACCCGAAAGGCGUGGCCUUCAUCAUGCCGAUGAAUUGUGCUAUAUUUUUAAGUUGCCCCACACCUUCAAGCUGGACAAAUCAAGAGCGGAAUACACGACCAUUUGCCGCAUGAUUGCCAUGUUUACGGAAUUCGCCCGCAGAUCCAAUCCGAAUGCGCCGCUCAUCCAAUCAUUGGUCGACUGGCAGCCUGUCACACAGAAUGAACCCACAAUGUGUCUGAAUAUUAAUGAGCAACUCAAGUUCAUUCCACAGCCGGAGCGUUUGAAGUUAAAGUUCUACGACGAAUUGUACAGAAAUGCUAAAAUGGAACUCACCCAACAAAUGCACGAUAAAUCGGUUUCACAAGCCACUACGGUUGGUGUACAUGUUUUUAUUGCCACCUGUGUACACUCUUUAGCUCUGCGACGUUCUUUUGAUUUACUCGGUUUUCAGUUGACAAGCGGCACGCGAGCAGAGCAGACGACCGAGAGAUUGUUUAGCAUAAUGUCAGAGAGCCUGGAGACUUUUGAAAUUUCACUGCCCGUGGGCCAGAUAAAGGGCGUCAAACGUCGCACUCUCUACGAUGACGAUUACUUCAGCUUCGAGCGUUUGCCCUUUGCCCAACCGCCGCUGGGCGAGCUGCGCUUCAAGGCGCCGCAGCCGGCAGAGCCCUGGUCCGGCGUGCUGGACUGCACCCACUAUGCCGAGAAGCCCGUGCAGAAGGCCAUGUUAACUGAUGUCAUCGAGGGCAGCGAGGAUUGUCUCUAUCUGAAUGUGUACGCCAAGCAGCUUAAGACGGCAAAACCCCUGCCUGUUAUGGUUUAUAUUUAUGGCGGUGCAUUCUCCAUGGGCGAGGCCACCCGGGAGCUAUAUGGGCCGGAUUAUUUUAUGGCUAAAGAUGUCGUUCUAGUUACGCUCAACUAUCGCGUUGAUUGUCUGGGUUUCCUCAGUCUGAAAGACCCCAGCUUGGAGGUGCCUGGCAAUGCUGGACUUAAGGAUCAGGUUCUAGCUCUCAAAUGGGUCAAGCAAUAUAUUUCCCAUUUCAAUGGCGAUGCUAACAACAUAACGGUAUUUGGCGAGAGCGCCGGCGGCUGCUCCACCCACUAUAUGAUGUGCACAGAGCAGACGCGUGGACUCUUCCACAAGGCCAUACCCAUGUCGGGCACCCUGCACAAUUACUGGUCAAAUACGCCGACCGCAGAUUUCGCCUAUCGGCUGGCCAAGGCGCACGGCUAUGAGGGCGACAACAUUGAUCGUCUGGUGUUGGAGCAUUUGCGCGGCGUGGCGCCACAUCAGCUGGUUAACCACAGCCUGCUCACCGCCGAGGAACGACGCAAUGGCCUCAUCUAUGCUUUUGGGCCCACCGUCGAGCCGUAUAUCAUGCCGGACUGCGUGGCGCCGAAGCGGCAGCUGGAAAUGGCGCGCGAGGCUUGGAGCAAUGAGCUGCCCGCCAUGCUGGGCGGUGUCUCCUUCGAGGGCCUGUUCAUGUAUCCAGCUCUGAAGGCCAAUCUUAAGGGCUUGGAUAGCUUGCCGCAGGAUCCGUUGCGCAUCAUGCCCCACGAAGUGCUUGUGCUCAAUACGGAACAGCAGAAUCUGGAGUUCAGCAAGAAGCUGAUCGAAUUGUACUUUGGUGAUGCUACACCCAGCUCCGAGCUCAUCAUGAAUUUUAUGGAUUACUAUUCCUAUAAGAUCUUCUGGCAUGGCUUUCAUCGCACUUUGCAAGCCCGCCUGGCCUAUGCCAAGGCGCCCACCUAUUACUAUCGCUUCGACUUUGAUUCGCCCGAUUUCAAUUUCUUUCGCAAGAAGUUCUGUGGCGAUGACAUUCAGAAGGGCGUUGCCCAUGCGGAUGAGCUGAGCUAUUUGUUCCGCAACUCGCAGUCCUGGAAGCUGGACAAAGCAUCGGGCGAAUAUCGCACCAUACAGCGCCUGGUGGACAUCUGGACAUCCUUUGCGGCCACCUCCAAUCCCAACUGCGCGGGAACCGCGCAUCUAAACUGGCAGCCCGCACAGCAGGAGCAGCCACAGCGUGUGCUUAACAUUGGCAAUGAGGUGGAGAUCAUCGUUCAGCCCGAGCACGAGAAGCUGCUCGUCUGGGAUAGCCUAUAUAAAAAAGAGGAUUUGUUAGUUUCGGAACACACACAUCAAAAUUAUAAUAUGUUAAAAUUAAGUCGUGGCCACAGCUCUAAUAAUCUGGUAAAAACUUUAAUACUAAAGUACUCGAAAUGCACAGCCACAAGCACUGUAGAGCUGCCCAUGGGCAAGGUAAAGGGCACACAUGAGGAGGGUCACUGUGGCAACGACUUUUACAGCUUCAGAGGCAUACCCUAUGGCAAGCCUCCGAUCAGGGACUUGCGUUUUAGCCCAACGCAACCGGCGGAGCCAUGGGGCAAUACCGUUCUAGAUUGCACCAAGGAUCGCCCCGUACCCAUGCAAGUGGGCAUGUCUACAAACCAAAUCACUGGCAGCGAGGAUUGUCUGUACAUAAAUGUGUAUACCAAGCAUUUCGAUGAGUCUGAGAAGAAAUUGCCGGUUAUUGUGAACUUUACCCCUGGUGGCUUUUGCACGGGCGGCGCCAUAACCGACAAAUUCGGUCCUCAGUAUCUUAUGCGCGAGGAUAUCGUGUAUGUUAUGUUCAAUUAUCGGCUCAGUGCGCUCGGUUUCCUCAGGAUCAACUGCCCAGAGUUGGGCGUAUCCGGCAAUGCCGGCCUGCACGACCAUCUGACCGCAAUGCGUUGGGUGCAGAAAUACAUCUCGUACUUCAAUGGGGAUCCCGAUAAUAUAACCAUUAUGGGCACUAGCUCGGGUGGGGCCAUGGUGGACUUUAUGAUGUGCGCACCACAGGCGUCUGGCCUGUUCCAUCGGGCCGUCAUGAUGUCGGGCACAAUGACCUGCCCCUGGGCUAUUUUGCCUUAUGCAGAUGAUCACUUCUGCCGCCUGGCAUGGGAAAGGGGCUACAGGGGUGACACCAAGGCAACGGAAAUACUGAAAUUCCUGCGCUCCCUGCCCGCCGAGGAGGUAGUGCGCCUGAAUCAUUUCGACGACUGCGACUAUCUCUUUGGACAUCUGUAUCCGUUUGCGCCACUGGUUCAGGCCCCAUCCGGCAACGGUGGCGGCAAUGAUGCUCUGAUUAAGGGCUCCGUUGUAGAGAUGUAUCGCACGGCUUGGUCCGUGGAUGUGCCGCUGCUGAUAGGCGGCACCUCGUUCGAAGGUCUCUUUAUGUAUCCCAAAUACAGGGACAGCAAGGGAAAAAUGCUGAAAAUGCUAAAGAAAAAUCCGGCUUUUGCGCUACCCUAUGAAAUCCAUACGAAACUAUCGAAGAGAGAGCGUGAGGAGGCCGCCGCAGAGCUCUUGCGCUUCCAUUUUGGACAUCGUCCCAUAGAUGAAAAUAGUGGAAUCCAGCUGCUAGAUCUCUUCAGCUAUAAGCUCUUUUGGCACGGCAUUCAUCGCGUGGUGCUCUCCCGACUCGCUCAUGCCAAGGCGCCCACGUAUCUUUACCGGUUCAGCUACGAUUCGCCCACGCCCAUUGUGCGACCCUAUUUCACCGGUAAGGAUAUUACGUGCGGCGUUUGUCAUGCGGAAGACAUGGCCUAUUUAUUCCCACUCAAGAAUCGUACGCCUCGCAUGAGUGAGGAUGAGAAUCUUAUCACACAGCGAAUGGUUGGCAUCCUGACGACAUUUGCUCGCACCGGAAAUCCAAAUUGUGUAGAAACAAAAAGUGUAUUAUGGAAGCCUUUGAGGAAUGAGGAUCCGUUCCAGGCCAUGUUAAUCGACCAGAAGCUGAAAUUCGGCACUCAGUCUGAGAAGGAUGUCUUGUUGAUGUGGAAUAAGCUAUACGAUAAUCACAAUAGCUUACUCUUUGGUGGAUGAUAUUCGCAGAUGUGAACAGA